AUGGACUCCCGCGAUGCAACCCGCCGCCUUUCAAAAAGCAGAACACGCGACACCACUUCUUAUAGAACACAAAAACCAGAACGAAUAAACACCAAGAAGAACACUGACACACCCACCGACACAACCAUCAACCCACCCCCAAUCAGCAAUCGCACAAACACCAGUUCUAGAUCUUCCGGCACUAUGUCUUCACCAAACCGAGUCAGCAAGGAAUGGGUAGAAGCCAACAAGGCCACCCGCAACUGUUAUCACGGUGGCAGGAACGCCUUCUACGAGGGUUUGCCGCCACUUGGCUUCAACCUCAAGGCUGCGGUGUAUGGUCCAGGUGCUGCGCAAUGGCGUAUUGAUGCCAGAGCGCACCAGCAAGCCGCUGCUGCUGCCACUGCCGCCGCCUCGCAGUCAGCACAACAACCACCACAGGCCUCCUCUUCCCGUCGAACAUCUACAAGGCCCGCCCGCGCUGCAUCGGCAUCGCAGCAGGCCUCGAGUGCUACCCAAGCGGCGCCUGCGCCUCCACAAAUUACCUCAAGUCCUAUACCGGCUGGCCGUGCUGUCCGAGCACUCGCCCCUCAGUCUCCACGACACGACUCCCAACCCGAGAUCGAAGACGCCACCUUCCGCACUCCCGACGGCGCGCGACCAGCUCUGCCCGGAUCAUCGUCCUCACCAGAGCUCCGCUCCCUCUCCCAAUCCCCAGAACUCCCAGCAGACCUCGCAGCCCGCCUCACCGGCACAGCCGCCGACCCCAACCUACCCACCUCCACACCCAACGACCCUGCCGAUGCACUACGAGGCCGCAACCGCUCCACCCGCAUCGCGAACCUCAGCCCCCAGCGCGCCGCCGCCGCCACCCCAUCCCCUCGCAACCCCGCCCCUCACAAGGAAAAACGCGCCCCCCGCCUCGACGACUCCAACCGCCCCUACCACAGCCCCGCCCACACCAUGAAACGCUCACGCGACCGCUACCGCUGGGCACCCCAACAGAACACAGCGGGGGGCCAGUACAUCGCUCCCAACGCCGGGUACGCCGUGGCCAUGCGGGAUGUUGCCGUUAUUGCGAGUCAAGCGUUGGUGGGACCGCCGCCGGUGGGGUACGAGGGGCCUACUGCUGGGCUGCCUACACGGAUUGGGCUUGUUGGUGGGAAUGAGGAUCCGGUGAUUCGGGGGUUGCAGGGUGAGAUGGCGGAGGCCGUGAUUGAGUUUUUGGAGAGGGAGGCGCGGGGGGAGGAAGGGGCUGAGGAGGAGGGGAAUACGACGUUGACGAAUAGUGAUGGGGCGGCGGAGGGGGAGGAAGGUGGUGGCGAGGGCGGGGAUGUUGGUGCGGCUAGAGAGGAGAGGGUCGUUCCUGGUAGCCAAGAGUCGCUGGAGGAAGUGGAUGAAGCGGCAGAUGAUGAUGGCGAGGAGGGGCCUAUUGCUGCACCUGUCGGUGGCGUGCCGCAGUGGCGCCUCAACAUGUCGGAGCAAGAGCAGGAGGAGUGGGAUAGGCAGAUGGGUCUUUGA